UAGCCCAGUUUUCUUUCUUGAUGAAAUGUUAACUAGACACCUGAUUAGUCAGCUUUUAUUUUGACCCCACAGUUUUUUUUUUUGAGACGGAUUCUCUGUUGCCCAGGCUGGAGUGCAAUGCUGUGAUCUCGGCUUACUGCAACCUACACCUCCUGGGUUCAAGCGAUUCUCCUGCCUCAGCUUCCUGAGUAGCUGAGAUUACAGGCGCCUGCCACCACGCCCCGUUAAUUUUUGCAUUUUUAGUAGAGACGGGGUUUCACCAUGCUGGCCAGGCUGGUCUCGAACUCCUGACCUCCAGUGAUCCGCCCGCCUCGGCCUCCCAAAGUGCUGGGAUUACAGGGGUGAGCCACCGUGCCCGGGCCCCACACUGUUUUUAUGUUAGGGCAGUUGGAGGAACUGAACUUUGAUCCUGAUCCUUUAUAUACUCCCAUGGUGAAACUGAGCCCAUUUUACUUAACACAUAAUAUAUCUGUGCAUUAGGAAAACUUGGUAGAGAAGAUUAUAUGCAGAUAUAAAAUAACUCAUUUGUUAGGAACCAACGAUAAUGAGGGAAAACUUGGACAUCCACAUACAGAUUUUCUUGAAUUAAAGAAAAAAAACCAGACACUGACAAAGGAGAGUUGAACUGAGAAACGGUACCCUGAAAACUGCAGAAAUGAGGGAAAGAGGCAGUGGGCCACAAAGAACUUUGUUGGUCCUUUUCAGAGAUCCCCAGAGAAGCCCUGCCCCCUCCCCCCCACCCCCUGACAGAAUGUUGGGUUUCAAAGAAUGGGGAGAUUAACGGAUAUCAAGUUGUGUGGCCUGAGCUGAGGAUAAAGAACAAUUUGCCUGAGUUACAGUACUGGCUAGAUCACUACAGGCCUUCUACUUGGAAUAUCUUCCCAUGAAAGUAAAAGGAAUAUAACUAAGGAAGAUUAAAGUUGUUGCUGUUGGAAGAAAGACAUACUAAAGAAACUGCCGAAGGCCAGGAGAGAAGCAGGAAGAGAAACACGGCUUGAAGUUCUGUAAGACUCAGAGUUGGGCAAGAACUGCCAAUAAAGGAGCCAGCGUAGAUCUUAGACUAACACCUGAGCCUCCAAGGGUUUCUGUGCGAGGGAGAGCUCUGCUGAUGGACAUAGGCCCAGAAUCAAACUGAUUCAUUUGGGCCAUGUCAGUGGUGGCAUUAUUAAAAGACUUUGCCAACAUCCUGCUUUCUCUAUGGAAAAACCAAGUGGCCUUGGAAGAGGCUAAGAUAAAGUUUCAAACUUGGGCUCCACAGAAGUGGAACUUGAGGCUGGGGCUAGUACCAGGACCUUCAUGUAUCAGGUUAGAGAUUUUGAUGCUUUUGGUGAUUUUUGUGCCAAGCAUGUACUGUCACCUGGGAUCAAUCUAUUACUCUUUCUAUGAAAUAAUUAUUCCAAAGAGGCUGACAGUCCAGGGAGGAGAUGGCCCAGUGGAAGGACUGUCCUACUUGCUAUUUAUGCAAGGCCAGAAGCACCUGGUUCACCUGAAGGUGAAGAGAAACCAUUUUGUGAAUAACUUUCCAGUCUACAGUUACCACAAUGGCAUCCUAGGGCAAGAAUUACCUUUCAUCUCACAUGACUGCCACUAUGAAGGCUACAUAGAAGGAGUGUCAGGUUCUUUUGUUUCUGUCAACACCUGUGCAGGUCUCAGGGGCAUCCUGAUUAAGGAGGAAAAAUCUAACAGCAUUGAGCCCAUGGACUCUUCAAGACGGUUUGAACAUGUGUUAUACACCAUGGCACAUCAAGCGCGAGUCUCCUGUGGUGUCACUUCCAGAGACAGCCAUGUGGUGUCCACUAGCUGGCAACAAGGGAGCAGGAAGCCUCAUGAUCUACAGGCGCUGUCCUACUUGUGGUCACACAAAAAGUACGUGGAGAUGUUUGUCGUGGUCAACAACCAGCGGUUCCAGAUGUGGGACAGUAAUGUCAAUGAGACUGUCCAGAGAGUAGUGGAUGUCAUUGCUCUGGCCAACAGCUUCACUAGGGGAAUAAACACAAGGGUGGUGCUGGCUGGAAUGGAGAUUUGGACCGAGGGGGACCUAAUAGAUGUCGCAGUGGACUUGCAAAUCACACUCAGGAAUUUCAAUCGCUGGAGACAAGAGAUGCUCUUCCAUCGUGCAAAGCACGAUGUUGCCCACAUGAUCGUUGGGCAUAGCCCUGGACAGAAUAUGGGCCAGGCCUUUCUCAGUGGUGCCUGCUCAAGCGGUUUUGCAGCAGCUGUUGAAUCCUUCCAUCAUGAAGAUGUGCUGUUGUUUGCAACCCUGAUGGUCCAUGAGCUUGGGCACAACCUGGGUAUUCAGCAUGACCACUCGGCCUGCUUUUGUAAAGAUAAGCACUUUUGCCUCAUGCAUGAAAAUAUCACAAAAGAAAGUGGCUUCAGCAACUGCAGCUCUGACUACUUCUACCAGUUCCUUCGAGAACACAAAGGGGCCUGCCUAUUUAACAAGCCAUGGCCCAGGGGCCGCAAGCGUAGGGAUUCUGCCUGUGGAAAUGGCGUGGUGGAGGACAUGGAGCAGUGUGACUGUGGUUCUGCCUGUCACCUCGACCCAUGCUGUGAUCCCACAUGUACUCUGAAGGAGAAUGCUGAGUGCAGCCAUGGCCUCUGCUGUCUGGGCUGCACUUUCAGAAGGAAGGGGUUUUUAUGCCGUCCUACUCAGGAUGAGUGUGACCUCCCAGAAUAUUGUGACGGUAGCUCUGCAGAAUGCCCUGCAGACAGCUACAAGCAAGAUGGCACGUUGUGUGAUAGAAUUCACUAUUGCUCUGGGGGUCAGUGUAAGAACCCUGAUAACCAAUGUGCGAAUAUAUAUGGGUACCCUGCAAGAUCUGCCCCGGAAGACUGUUAUAUUUCAAUAAAUACCAGAGGAGACCGGUUUGGAAACUGUGGCCAUCCCACUGAGGAUCAGCAAACAUAUGUUACAUGUUCAGAUGACAGUGUAUUUUGUGGGAAACUCAUAUGUACAGGUGUUCAAUCCUUACCACGAGUCAAAGUUCAACAUACAGUUAUCCAGGUCCCUCAUGACAAUGACUGGUGCUGGAGCAUGGAUGCCCAUAACAUUACUGAUAUCCCUGAUGAUGGAGAUGUGCGUGUCGGCACUUCUUGUGCCCCAAACAAAGUCUGCAUGGGUCACUCCUGUGUUCAUCACUCCGUACUCCUGUAUGACUGCAGACCAGAGGAAUCGUGUCACGGGAAAGGAGUUUGCAACAAUUUAAGGCACUGCCAUUGUGAGUCUGGUUUUGCCCCUCCUGACUGUAAAAAUCCAGGAAAUGGAGGCAGUGUGGAUAGUGGCCCUGCUGGUAGGCCAAGUGAUGAAAUUAUAAGUACAGAAGAAAAUAGAAAUCAUAGUGUUGGUCAUGGUAAUCCCCAAAGAGGUGACGUGAGUAAUGAUAAAAACAAAAGCCUAGGGAAGUUAGUGUACAUAGUCCCCCUGUUGCUUUUAGCAUUAUUUGCAGGUCUAAUUAUUCUUGCCAGUAUGGGAGCUAGAAAGGAGAUAUUACAGAGGUCACAAGAUUACACAGAAGGAACUCCAGAAGAGGUUGCACCAGAACAGAAACUAGGCAAAGGACAGGAAGAAGAGGCAAAAAAUGAGUCGUCCAAUAAAGCUAACAGCGGAUACACUGGGUGAGGAGGAGGCUCAGUACUCCAGAGAUGAAGUAGGCAUUUAUGCUGCUGUGCUUCUGAUCAAAAGUCUGUAAUCUGUAAAAUGUACUAAUGUGGAAGGAGGGAUUUUUUUCUACUUUCAUUUUAGUAAUUGGGUACAUUUAGUAAUCGAGUACCUAUAAUUUAAAAUUAUAUGUAAGAGAAACUACUGUUUUUACAUGAUCACAUUUAAUGAAACCAUUUUAAUUAAAUUUUUGUUAUGAAGCA